GUGCACGCCGUGGGCCGGGCUGAAGGUGGUGAAAAUGAUGGAAAAUGUACUUUAAGGGUUCUCAAAGAAACACGUACAGAUUGCUGUGACUCUUUCUGAGGGAAGAUGGCGUUUCAGAGCAACUUCUGGGGGGAGAAGAAUGCUGGCUUCGACGUGCUAUACCACAACAUGAAGCAUGGCCAGCUGGCUAGCAAGGAGCUGGCUGAGUUUGUCCGUGAGAGGGCUGCUAUUGAAGAGACCUACUCCAAAUCCAUGAGCAAACUGGCCAAGAUCGCCAGCAAUGGAAGUCCACAGGGAACAUUUGCUCCGAUGUGGGAUGUGUUCCGCGUGUCCUCAGACAAGUUGGCCCUCUGCCACCUGGAGCUGAUGAGAAAGAUGAAUGACCUGAUCCGAGACAUCAACAAGUAUGCAGAUGAGCAGGUUAAAAUUCACCGCAAGACUAAGGAGGAAGUUGUGGGGACUCUGGAGGCGGUGCAGGCACUGCAGGUUCAGAGUGGCCAACUUCAAAAGGCCAAGGAGGGCUACCACAGCAGGUGUAUAGAGCUGGACAGACUCAGAAAGGAGGGCGCACCACAGAAAGAACUAGAGAAGGCGGAGCUAAAGUCUAAGAAAGCAGCGGAGUCAUUUGCGGUGUGUAUCGAGAAGUACAACCGCGUGGGAGGAGAAUUUGAACAGAAGAUGAGUGAAUCCGCUCAGAAGUUUCAGGACAUUGAGGAGGCUCAUCUGCGCCAGAUGAAACAACUGAUCAAGGGUUACUCCCAUUCAAUAGAAGACACCCAUGUCCAGGUGGGACAGGUCCAUGAAGAGUUUAAGCAGAAUGUGGAGAAUAUUGGCAUCGAUAACCUCAUCCAGAAAUUUGCUGAGCAGAAGGGUACAGGAAAAGACAGGCCAGCUCUGGUGGGGUUUGAGGAGUGCGUGACUACCUUAGUGCCUGAGGGCGUGAAGAAGAGUCGGGGGAAAGCCUUCCGAAUUCCUGGUCUGGGAAAGCGGGACAAGGAACCAGAUUCCACGGAUUCAGCAGUGACAGAGGCUCCGAACUCACCCCUGGAAGUGGACGACGAGGGAUUUGUCAUCCGAGCCGACAGCAACCAGAAUGGCUGUGCCGAGGAGAAAGAGAACAACUUCUACUCGAGCGAUUCUGACUUUGACGAUGAGGGGCCAAAGAAGUUCCACAUCCAGAUCAGACCGGUGGCCAGCAGCGGCCGCGGCAAUUCUGCUGCUACUGAGAAGGAGCUUAAAGCCACAGUCGGCACUCUCACCUUGCCACCCAACCGAGGGGUAUCCAUCAAGCGACAUCUCUCCAAUGUCAUCUCUACAGGAAACUCCAGUAUAACAGGGGGACGCUCAGAAGGAGAAGGGGAGGGUUCUUCCCACAGGGAUGGAGAGCAGGAGAGCCUACGCAGGUCUACCUCCAGUCCCAAUCACAGCAGGUUGAGUUCCACGGCAUCGGGCUCUGACAGUCUGUUUGGACCACCAUUGGAUUCAGCCUUCAAAUCCAAAAGCUUUGCUGGCCAAGAGCAGCUCAGAGAGCAGAGUACAUUUGGUGCCUCUGAAUAUGCUGCCUUCUCAUCUGACUCUUCAUCUCCUGAGAACGUGGAGGACUCUGGCCUGGACUCACCUUCUCAUCAGCCCCUGGGAGCUUCCCCUGAGCCUGCGGGUUGGGCAGCUUGGCCACCUCCCUCUCAGACUAAAGAGCCGACACAAACACUGGGACGACCAGCUGACCCCUUCCUCUCGGCUUUCCGGGAUCCUUCCCCGGGGCGUACCUCCCAUCCCCAAGAUGAUCAUGCAGGUGUCUGGUCAGUUGCCCCAUCCCGCUCCCCUCGAGCCCCCCCAGAUAUGGACCCCUCGUCUCUGCGCUUCCCUGCUUUCUCUAAGACCCUACCCCCACCUGAGAUGGAGGCUUCAGUCUGGAACUGCAAACACAUUCCCCCUGAGGACCCCUUCCUGGCCGCUUUUGAAAGGACUGUCACCCAGGAGACAUUACCUCCAUCUGAUGCCUGGGCGCCCCCACCCCCACGUCCGACCCGGGAAGGCAGGGGUAUAGAGAUUCGAGGAGAUCUCUUCUCCAUCACCCUGUCUGACACUAAGACUCUCCCUGCCCCUUCCUCUUCUACAUCCUCCUCAUCCAGUCGUAAAGAGAGAGACAGGAAACGAGACCGGAGUGUCCCACCUUCAGUGUCUCCCGAUGACCCAUUUGCUAUCACUAUGAUCGGCAGCCCCACUCACCAGUCCUCUCUGGCUGCGGCAGCUAGUGUGCUGCCUCCCCACAGUGGAAACAGCAGCAACAGUGGCAGCAGGCUGGCUCCUAGUGUCAAUUCCAGCCCUUUGCCUCCAGCCCAGCCUAAGAAGGAGCUCGUCCAUUGGAACUCAGUUCAUAACCCCUUUAGUGAGGGGACACCUGGCACAUCAGUAGCCCAGGCCUUUAGCAGCUCCACGACCCAGGAGGGAGGAGGAAAAGUGGAUGGUGGAGGAGUAGUAGAGAGGAGGAAGCAUCGCUCCUCUGAUAGCGAGCCACGUAGAAAUGCCCCACCCCUCACAAGGCAUUCUGGGCCGCAGGAGGACCUUUGUUUUUCAACAGACAAAGACCAAGACUGCCUGGACCUGAACACUCCGCUACCCUGCAGCAUGGGUUCACAGAAGGUUUCUAAGCACAGCUUCAGGCAAGACAGCACUGAGCUGCUAAUGGCUGCUCCUCCCAGACAAACACGGGCCAAGAGGACUUCGGGCCGACUUAGCGGUGCUGAGAGGUCUAGAUCACUGUGCUCCUCUCCUCUACCGGAGCCCAGCCCUUCCCUCACAUCCUCCUCCUCCUCCAGCCCUAGUGAGUGGGGGCCCCAGACCAGGGACAGUGAGUGGGGGUCUCAAAACAGAGCCCCCAGUCCUGCCAGGGUGGGACAAGCCUCGCCUUUGUCCUACCAGCAUCAGGAACACCCCCAAAGACACAUGCACCUGUCGCGAGGACCAAGCCCCAUCUCCCUCACCACCCAGGAGGCCUGGCCUGUGGCGGCAGCCAUAACAGAGUACAUCAAUGCCUACUUCAAGGGCGGCCAGCAUAACCGCUGUCUAGUGAAAAUCACCGGCGACCUGACCAUGUCCUUUCCAGCGGGUAUCACUCGUAUCUUCACAGCCAACCCCAACACUCCAGUACUCAGCUUCAGACUUGUCAACAUCUCUAAGGUGGAUCACUUUCUGCCCAAUCAGAAGCUGCUCUACAGUGAUCCCUCUCAGAGUGACCCAGACACCAGAGACUUCUGGUUUGACAUGCAGGCUCUCCAGCUGUACCUGCAGAGAGAGGCCGAGCUCAACCCCCAGGCUUCUUACUACAACGUAGGCCUGCUCAAGUAUCAGGUGUCGUCCCAGGACCCCGGGCGGGCCCCUCUUCUGCUCUCGGCAGAGUGCCAGCGCAGUGGCACAGUAACACGGGUGUCCCUGGAUUACCACUGCUGCCCCGCCACCGCUCCCUCCACCCAGCUCACCGCUGUCCAGGUGCUGCUGCCCCUAGACCACACUGCCACAGACCUGCAGUGCCAGCCCCCUGCAUCCUGGAAUGCAGAGGAAAGACGGCUGCUGUGGAAACUACCAAACCUCUCCCCAACCAACCACAGCAAAGGCUCAGGGACCCUGUGUGCCAGUUGGCAGUGCCUGGAGGUUCCCCGCGGCCCCCCACCCAGCCUGGCUGUUCAGUUUGUGGGCUCUGGGGCCUCACUGUCAGGCAUGGACGUGGAACUGGUGGGCAGUCGCUACCGCAUGUCCCUGGUAAAGAAGAGAUUUGCCACAGGAAAGUACAUGGCGGGCUGCUCGUUGUGAGCAGUGGAAAGGCUUGUGAGAUUCCCAUGUGGACCAUUGUUUAGGGUUCAGAUUAACAUAUUGCACUUUCAGCCAUCUGAGAGGGGACUCAACCCCUACUGGACAGACACAGACAGACAGACAGGGAGGGAGGCAGUUCGGUAGUUGGAAGGCUACGAUAAAACAUUAUCACCAGUAACACGGCACCUUACACAAGUGUAGCCUUGGAGGACUAUGUGCACUUACUUCUGACAGUCCUGUCUGCUGUAUUAGGACCAAGCCUUUCCUUUCUUGUAACCCCACCCCACCCCACCCCCCGAAUAUUAUUUCUGCACUGUACACUCAGUUCUUAUUCCUUUCCCGGGCAGCGUACCCCUCUUUCUGUUUGCAUUGUGUUCUGUGUGCCUUUGUAUCAAGAGACUGGAACCGGGGAUGUCAGAACUUUUUUCCUCAAACUGCAGCAAAACGCGUGUGAAUAAACUUCAGCAUAUUAUUUGUGUCUUUUAACAGAGUUGCCAUGGAAACUAGCAUUUUUAAUUUAUGAAAAACGUGGAAGAAAUCUGAUGAGCUUGCUUAUAACUUGUAUCACCGAGUCGUUUGUAAAACAGUUCCUUUACCAAACCCGGGUUUAAGAAGAAAAUGUUUGUAUAUCUGCUGUUCUGUUCCACGUGGAGGUUUUGUGACGUUGAUCUUUGAUAAAUAAAUAAAUAAAUAAAUAUGUUA